CGCGCCUCCGGAGCGGGGAUGACGUGCCGGACGGACGCGGGCUUGAGGCCGCAUGGACACCCUAACGUUGGGCCGCUGGCGACGGCGGAGGGCGGAGGAGCUGCAGAUUCCGGGGGACUCGAUAACUUGCUCUCCUUGCAUUAAGUUGGCGCCCUUACCUGCUCGUCUCCGCGUCAGUUCCUUCUCUUUGCCAAGCUAGAUUUGGUCAGCACAAUGGACUGAAAGCUCAUGCUGAAGCGAGUGUGCAGGAGAUUGGAAGCAGCUGCCCUCGAUGGCGGUUGCCCCCAGGUCAACACGCUUGCCCCAGGGUCCUGGAGCCCAGAGGAGCUGGAGCCUUGGCCCGGAUGGCCCCCCACUGCCCUCGGUGCAGAGCGUUGCCGCAGGGAGCAAAGCCCAGGGGUUCCUCGGGACGGUGGAAGGAGCGCUGCCCAGCCUUGCCCACGAUGUGCCGCGGGGGAAUCUGGGCAUUUUAGCCAUACCAUGAAUCAUUCGAAGAUACAAGCCGCAGAAAAGGAAGAUUCCCACUCGGGUUUUGAGCCCUCCGUGCGACAGUGAAUGUAAAUCUCUUACAAAUGGAUUUAGGUGCCCACCUGUUCGAAUAGCAGCUGGAUGUUCCCUGCCUGGGGCUUAUUUGUUCUUUCCUUCAGUUAUCCCACCGUCCUCUGCAGGAGCUACGUCCCUUCAGGAGCCCCCAAAUUGCCAGUGCCCAGUGCAGCCUCCUGGCAGAUACAUCCUGCUUGAGAGGGUGGGAGAGCUGUUCCACUAUUGAAAAGUUCGGAACGAGUCAGUAUCAGCCUCCUGUGAGGUUCAGGAACCUGUGGCUAAUGGAAUCAUAUCCAGAUGUAGCCCUGCUUAUUCUUUUCAUUUGUUUUGUGGCUGUAUCCAGGGCCACUUACUACUAUUUUUAAAUGGAAAGACUUAUUUUUAUAUUUAAAGUGCUUUUUCAUCUUAAACUGAAUUUUACUAAAUGUGAGUAUCCAAUUUGUUCUGUGUAAUUCUUCAACUGAAGUUAGCAGACUUAGGACUCCUUUUAUUUUAAAAUGGAAAUUCUCAUUUCCACUUGGGUGUUCACUGUGUCAUCUGACUGUGGAGAUAGAUGUUAUCUUCCCUGGGUUUGAAAGUGUCACAACAUGCCCUGUUCACACGGUAGAUAAGGUCCUAGAGAAACCGCUGGAUUAUGGAAUUGAUCUCAAGCUCUUUAACCUUCUGAAACCAGCGGAGAGGCGGGAACUUGUGCAGUUUUCACCUGGGGCUGUGCUCUCUGCCAGCAGCCGACCCUCGGCAUCUGCAGUUUGAGGAGCCCAGUCCAUAAGUAACCACGGCCCCAGUCGUGGGAAGACUUCCCCAUUGGAGAGAUGGAGCAAGAGAAGACGAGACGUUGAAAGGAAACCAGUACAAAACCAUCUGUGGUCCAGACCAUCCUGAGCCACGGAGCAGGUGGCCACGCUAGAGGGUGGAGGGCAACCUCCCUGCCCCCACACCGCGAGAGGUCACCAGACAUUGGACCGCGAGCAAGAGCGCACAGCCGCGACUGGGCUAGGAAACACCAAUCCAUGCCGGAAAGCCAAGGCUGGGAGAGAGGGCGAGGGUGUUGGGAUUUGGAAGAGAUUUAGCUUGCUCCCCUAUUUUCUAAAGGAGAUACGUGCCAAUUUUUAUGAAAAAAAUAAUAAAACUCUGAGAUUCACAUGUUC